AUGUCAAAUUUGUCAGAGAUAAUCAACACCCAAAACAAGCUUGAAGAAAGUAUCUCGAAGAGAUUUGAUGAUCUCCAAGCUCAAAUCACUAAUGCCGGGUCCUCAAAAGAUACAGUAGCGAAGGUUGCUGAAGAGCUCCGGAACUUCAGGGAGCUAAUUUUUGGCAUUCUCAGUCUUCUUCGCCAAGAAAUAAGGGAGUGUGCCAAGCAAGUGGAUGACAUUGACACAAGGAGUCGCAGGAAAGCCCUUAUUGUAACAGGUGCACCCAGUAAAGAGCAACACCGACCCAUCUUGGUCAGGUUCACCAGCAUGGACUCUAGAUUGUUUGUUUGGAAGGCUAAAACAAAGCUGAAGGGCUCCCCAAUAGCCCUGAAGGAGUUCUUGACGAGAGUAAGGCAAGCAGUCUUCACCAAAGCUCGUCUUCAUUUCGGAAUGCGCUCUGUCUGGACACAGAGUGGUGUUAUAUUCAUUAAAACUGCUUGCGGGAGCAACUAUAAAGUCACCACAGAAGAAGAGCUGGUCCCUCUCAUCGUCAAGUACCCGAAGUCACUGGGCAAGUCUUCUUCAAAGGAUAACAACUCGGGUAGUAGAUCU